AUGAUAGUGAAAGAGAAAUUACAAUGUGCAGUGAUUGGUAAGUUUUCAUACGACAAUAUUGAUAUUAAAGAACUCAGGAAGGUAAUUCUAAUACAAUAUGGAAUUAAAGGUGUGCCAAUCAUAGGAUUGCCUGAUGAAAGACAUAUUCUGAUAGGACUAAAUUUUCUGGAAGAUUAUGUUAGAAUGAUGUAUACCCCUGCAUACUACCUAAAAGUGCAUGACAUGUAUUUCCAAAUGAGACCUCUCAUAUGGGAUCCAUGGUUCAAUCCAAAAGAAGAGACUUCUAGGGCUGUAGCUUGGAUAAGCUUCCCUGAACUGCCUCCAAAUUUCUUUGCUAAAGAGGCUGUGUUUUCCAUGGCAACUGCAGUUGGAAAACCUUUAACUGUAGAUCUGGCCACAGCAAACAAAACAAGGCCAAGCUGCGCAAAAGUCAAAGUUGAGGUUGAUUUAUUAGCAACACUUCCAAAGAGGAUAAACAUUGCUGAAGAGGAUGAAUCAGGAAUACUAAAAUCAAAAUGGGUAAGGAUUAAUUAUGAUUACUUACCAAAAUAUUGCAAACACUGUAAACUCCAAGGUCAUGAGGAGAAGGAAUGUAGAGUUCUUAAUCCUGAACUGGCAAAGCAAUUCAGAGAAGAAUUAAGGAAAGAAAAUGCAGAAGUUGUUUCUACAGAAGCACAAAAUAAAGAAGGCAUUCAAGGGAGAAGGGGAUGGUACAAUACUGGUAAACAAGAAUGGAUGCAAAGAAGGAGCAAAUACAAGAAGGAUAAAUCAGGUGUUAUAAUUGGAGAAGUUAGUCCAGUACAAAAGAAUAAGGAGGGAACCGUGGUAACUACCAAUGUAUUUGCAGCACUUGAAGAGGUCUCAGAGAAUCAGGACAAUGUGAAUCAAGAACAGGUGCCACAAGAAGAUACUAGAACAUGGAUUGAGAAGAGCUUCGAUAUCCACAAAAGCCAUGUAAAGGAAACAGAAAACAAGCCACAAGAAACAGAACAACCAAAAGGGGACAACAUGGUAUCUGGAGAUGAAAAACAUAACAAACACAUAGAGACAUCAAGGGAACAGCAGAUAGUAAAUGAUGAUGUUGAGGGUAUUUUACUUGAUGAGUCCCAAAUGCAGACACCAGGCAAAAGUAUUCAAACAAAACCUGCAACAAAAAGUCAUCAAGGGGAGGAGGAUGAGCAUAAUAAUAAGAGUACACAUCGAUCUAGUGUGAACAGCAGCAAGACAACAGCCACAAGCAGAGGGGAGAAAACACUAUCUGAUGCACAUGUUAAUAUGGUGAAAUUUCAGACUCCAGAUCUAAAUCAAAUAUUGUAG